CUGGAAUUAUCUCUCUUUUGGAUGAAGAAGAGCCACAGCUCAAGGAGUUUGCUCUUCACAAGUUGAAUGCUGUUGUCAAUGACUUCUGGGCAGAAAUCUCUGAGUCUGUGGACAAAAUUGAAGUUCUCUAUGAAGACGAGGGCUUUCGGAGCCGGCAGUUUGCUGCUCUAGUUGCUUCUAAAGUUUUUUACCACCUGGGAGCUUUUGAGGAAUCGCUGAACUAUGCCCUGGGAGCAGGUGACCUCUUCAAUGUCAAUGACAACUCGGAAUAUGUGGAGACGAUCAUUGCAAAAUGUAUCGACCACUAUACCAAGCAGUGUGUGGAGAAUGCAGAGCUGCCGGAAGGGGAGAAGAAACCUGUUGAUGAAAGGCUAGAAGGGAUAGUGAACAAAAUGUUCCAGCGGUGCUUGGAUGACCACAAGUACAAGCAGGCCAUUGGCAUUGCUCUGGAGACACGCAGGCUGGACAUCUUCGAGAAAACCAUCCUUGAAUCG